AUGUCUGGACGUGGCAAAGGUGGCAAAGGUCUUGGUAAGGGUGGUGCCAAACGCCAUCGUAAAGUGCUUCGAGAUAAUAUCCAAGGCAUUACUAAACCAGCUAUUCGUCGAUUGGCUCGACGAGGUGGUGUUAAACGUAUUAGCGGUUUAAUCUAUGAAGAAGUUCGAGGUGUUUUAAAAAUCUUUCUCGAAAAUGUUAUUCGUGAUGCUGUUACAUAUACGGAACAUGCUAAACGUAAAACCGUUACAGCCAUGGAUGUUGUUUAUGCUUUGAAACGUCAAGGUCGUACACUCUACGGUUUUGGUUCAUAA